CAACCUUGGAAGAAUUGCAAAAAAUGACGACGAAACAACUUUCCUACCAAUGCCAGAUAUCUGUAAUUCAUCACCUUGAGCCAAAUUUGAGACUAUCCCUUUCCCGCCGAUGUCCAUCACUCAAGCUCGCGGAGCAGUCCACCGGCCUAUACCUCACCUACCUGCAAAUCGACCAAAACUCUAUUCAAAUCAACCAUAUCUUGUAUCGACUAAGCGUUAUCAGAAGCAAUGGAGAUGGUGGCCGCCCGUAUGAUGUAGAUGAGUAUGGAUAUCAGGAUUAUGCCUUAAAUGUUCAUGAAGAUCCCAAUGAGAUUUUGAUAGAUAAUAGGAUGCCUGGUGGAAGCAACAAAAGUCUGAACGAAUUGCUGCGUGAUGUUGGAAGAAUCCUUGAUGAACGUCGGCUUUAUCAGGAGCUGAGGCGCCGAGUUCUGAGGGACGGGCUUCGCAGUGACAAUUUUAUUCAACUGGUGACAGGAAAAAAUGUUGAGCAAGUGACAUAUGCGAAGAAGCUUCACGAAGCUUUGAAAUAUCUACUUGAAACAUUUCUAAGCGGUAGGAAAACCCCCAUUGUGGUACGGAAGCUAUCCAUUGGAGCCGUUGGAAUACUAAGAAUCCCCUCAGAUAUUAGAUUGACAGUUCCGGACAUGGAACUUUUUUAUGGAUAUGAAAACCCUUAUACGAUUUGGCGAUUGAUCGACCCACUGCUUACUGGCCCCCUGGACACUUUGGAGGUCAUUGGGAGCUCCCUUUCAAUAGCGCCAGCGAUAUUUCAAAACGCCCGAUGUUUGAUCUUCAAUUUGGAACCUGGACCUUAUUCCCUACAAGUAAUCUCACACCAACGCGUCCAUUUCAAGAAUGCUUCCAUAGACACCUGCCCGGAAAUUGUGCAACUUGUGAGAAACUGGGUGGAAAACCAUAAGCCCGCUGGAACAUGGUACUCGUUUGAUUUCAAGAUUGAGGUGUUGCCGAAGUCAGUGCUGAAUGAAGUGAAGAUCAACCAUGAGAAUCUUCUAUUGGUUGAGGAGGGAAAUUCUUCUACCCAAAUCAUCAAUCUACUGAUCGACGAUGAAGAUGUGCUGAGCAUUUAUUAUGAGAAGAAGCAAGACUUGUGGCUUUUGAAUAUGCAAAUUUUGAGUUAAAUUAUGUAUU